UUGCCUCGGCAGUUGUAAUUGAAAGCUAGCUAGGUUAAGCAAUGACAAAGGUAUACCCAAACACAGCCGAUGAAUCUGUGUCGAUAGACGGCAACAGGGAUGCAGUGGCAGUGGUGUUGACAGUGUGGAAGAAGUCUUUGUUGCUAAACUGCAAUGGAUUCACGGUUUUGGAUGGGCAAGGGAAUCUGGUAUUUAGGGUAGAUAACUACAUUGCAGGAAAUAAGGAUGAGAUACUUCUUAUGGACGCUGCAGGCACACCCCUCCUCACCAUCCGCCGCAAGAGGCUAAGUCUGGGAGACACCUGGCUCAUCUUUGAAGGAGAGGACUCUGUCAAACUCCUUUUUACAGCAAGAAAGCAUGUCAACAACAAGUGUUUGGCACACCUCCUCCGCUCAGCAAAUGAAGACGCUUCAUGGAGGAGCAAAAUUGGCAAUAAGAAAAAGGAAAUCGCAUAUGAGAUUGAGGGCUCAUACAUGCAACGUUGCUGCACGUUUUAUGACAAUAAUAGGAGAAAAGUUGCAGAGAUCAAGAGGAAGGAAGCUGUGUCAGGAGGGGUAGCUUUUGGUGCAGACAUCUUCCGUCUCAUCGUACAGCCUCACAUGGACCCCACUCUAGCCAUGGCUUUUGUCAUCCUCCUCGAUCACAUGUUCGGAUCUCGUUCACUAAUACGUCCUCAUCCUCAUCCUCAUCACCAUCACCUUUUCAACUUCUGUCAUCAUUUCCUCAACAAUUUUAUAGGUUAAAUGCCUGCAACAGCUACCGCUCUCCCUAUGUUCCC